AGACAACAUUCACUUUUUUCAUGUCCUUUACAGUUCAGAUUUUCAAAUUGGCGUUUGUCCUUUCAGUGUAAAGUCAGACCUAUUUGUUUGCCAAACAGCUUUGAUCCGUUCCAGUGUCUAAGAGAAAGUGUUCGAUUUUCAGAUUUUAAUCGGAGAUGGCAGCUAUACUGAAGUUAGUGAGUAACGACGGCGAGGUAUUCGACGUGGAGGUCAAGGUCGCCUGCCAAUCCAAUUUACUCAAGGCCAUGUUACAGGACACGGGCGAUAUCGCCGAUGAUGAUGAGCCUGUGCCGUUGCCCCCUGUAAAUGGCGCGACUUUGCGAAAGGUGAUAGAAUGGUGCACGCACUACCAGAACGAAAAUUCAGUGGAAGGGGAAGAUCCCCUAGAUGGAAGUGAAAGUAGAACGGAUAACAUUGACAGCUGGGAUAAAGAAUUUUUGAAAGUAGACCAAAAAAUGCUCUUUGAGCUCCUCGAAGCGGCGAAUUACUUGGACAUAAAGGGACUUUUGUAUGCCACUUGCAAGACUGUCGCUAAUAUGAUCAAAGGCAAGACUUCCGAGGAGAUCAGGAAGAAAUUCAACAUCGUAAACGACUUCUCUUCCGAUGAAGAGGAGGAGAUCCGCAAGGAGAAUGCAUGGUGCGAAGACAAAUAGGCAUGCAGCCCUCGUUCCUGACAUGAGUUUUCGACGUCCUGUCAGACAAGCGGAAGUGAAUGGGCUCUUUUCCAGUAGGAUGGCCUGUUUCCGGUCAGAGAUUUCUUUUGUCGAAUGCCUUCCGCAAACCUAUGUCAGCAAACAUGGUCGUCAAUCAGUGGACACUGUGCUCACUACGCUCGAGUAGCGCUAUUUGUAGGGGCAUGUGCCGAAAGGCUUGUAUUUGGUUGUUGUAUCGUGGAGUCCAGUAUCUGAUGCCAUCUCUUCCAAGUGUAUGUUUGGGUAUGGCGUGAUGUGUGACGUUUAUGGUGUGUGGUGCAUGCACCUGUACGCGUUGUCCGAGCGUGAGAAUCUGCUUCCGUCUUGUGUUAGAUUGACUGUCAAGUGAAUGCUGUACAUGCACAGUGCUAGUUUGAACUGGUAUUGAGGAUCACGUGUGAUUUGUUCGUGGUCUGGUUGUCUUGGUCAUGUGUUCUGUACGUAUUGCUCCUUGGUUGGUCGUGUAGAUUAUAAGGCUCUAUAUUACUGCUUGUUCUUUGUUGUUUCUUCGUGUCUUUUUCCGUGGGCUUUUCAUCAAGUCUUGUUUUCGUCUUUCUCCUCCUGCUCUCUUUCCGUUUGCAUGAGAAGUCAGAAACUAUACCAAGUUGUUUGAGUUGUUAUGUGACAGGGGCCGGGUGGAAAAGGCAAUACUACUUCAGUUAUCAUCGUAUUUAGGGAGAAAUUUU